GAGGGGUCAGGUGCUUCACCUGUGCGCCUGUGGACCCUAGCGCCUGCCCCUUCCAGCGCCAUUCAGCCACGCUCCCGCCUGUGUCUUUGUCCAGCGCUGAUCAUCUGCGGUCUUGAACACCACUGAACAGCUCUAGGCCUCCCUGAGCCAUGCAGCCCUUCAGCCCCAUCUUCCUCCUCCUCCUCCUCCUCCUCCUGGAUGGUCUGGGUUCCAAGGCAGCUCCCUCAGCCUCGCUGCCUGUGGGCUCCGAUGCCCAGGGGAUGCUCCCGCCCUCUAGGACACCCGUUGGUGCUCUAGAAAAUUCUACUAGAGAUGGACCUACGCCAGGAUACCCUGCAACCGUUCCUCCUGAGCCCGCAAAGACACCGCCCUCAGCGCCCCAUCGCAUCUCCCUGGGAAACCCAAGUGAGACCCCCGGCCCCAGCCUCUCAGACGCUCCAGAGACCCCAGUGCCCGCCCAGCUUAUGACCUCAGUCACAGAAUCCCAGGAGGCUUCGCAGGCCAGCCCCUCCAAAGCCGCACUGCCAGAAUCUCCUGAGACCCCCAACCCUGACCUGACUGCAGUUUCCCAGUCAGGAGCUCCCGACACCCAAAAACCGAAUCCCUUCGAAGCUCCACUCCCAGAGUCUCCCGAAGCUAAACACGCUGACCCUGUGCCAACUGUACACCAAGACUCCCCUGGAGCCCCCAAAGGAGGUACUCCCCCACUCUCUCCAGGCGAAGGGCCUAAAGCGCCAAGUCCUGAGCCCACCCAGCUCCUCCACUUCAGAUCCCUAGAGACCUAUGGCCCUGGUACCUCCAGAACCCUAAAUUCCGCCUUACCGCCAACCACCCAUCCUGACGCCUCAGAAACACCUCAGCCGUCAUUUCUCAUCACCCACCAUUCCAAUCCCACUGCUGUCCCCCAAACACAGUCCCCCACCACCCCCAAACAAAGCGCAACAGAGGCGGCUGUGGCCUCUGACCUGGAAAUCACCACUAGUCUUCCCACCCAACCAACAGCAGCCUCCAGAGAGGAAGCCACCAUGCCCGGUGAGUCAGGCUUGAGUCCCAGCCCGGGAGCCCCUGCAGCCACCCGAGCUGACUUUCCUGGCCUGUCCACCUCAGAUUCCCUAGGAACCAAAGAGCUCAAUGCACCCCAGAACUCAGGCCCUAAAGGGCCAAACAACGUUCCUCCCGCUGCACGGAUUGCAGGCCCCCCUGCUCCUCCACAACACCCCAGUCAGGGAGCCCCCAGGGAGCCUCAGGCCCCUCAGAGACACAGCCCAAGAGAGACUGUCAACACUAUCAUCGUGGUGGAACGAGUGAAGGAGACCGGGGUGACUCUGGUCAGCCGCCCGCGAGGCUCCAUCAGUGGGGCCCUGUGCCUGUUCCUGGCGGGGACAGGGAUGCUGAUUGGCGUCUUCCUGCUGCUGUGGUGUCUCUACCGCCGAGCCUCCAGACACAGGUCCUUUGCACACCACAGGCUCCAGGAGAGUGGAGACGAACCAGUGCUGCACCUGGAAACCCCGAAGGACCCCUUGGACCUGUACUUCUAUGCCCCUGACGCGUGGGUGCCGUCACACAUCGCCACGCGGCAGCCACCUGCCGCACCGCCCCUGCCGCCCAAGCUGCCCCCGCCACCCCGAGGGCCGCAGCGCCUGGAAGCCCUGUCGCCCUCCGCGCUGUCCCCCAACUUCGCCUGAUGCCCGAAGAGCUGCAGACCUCACCCAGCUUCAGCGCCCAGAGGAACCCCAGAGCCAAGCAGAGCUCCCCAAUAAACCGGCUCGCCCACCA